UAACAUUGAUGUGAUCAUUAUUUCUCAAAACUUGGGGAAGGAGAGAAGAGGAAUUAGGUGUGUCUAUUUGCUUAGCGAAAAUACUUGAAGGACGCUGUACCCAGAAAAUUGACAGUAGUAAUCUCGGGGAAGGGUAAGAGAUUUCUUUCUUCAGGCUUUCUCUUCUGCGUGUUUCAUAUUAAAUGUUAUUUUUGCAGUCGCUGAAAGUGUCGCGUUGCAAUCAAUCUAGCCCUGGCCGUGGUCUGCUUGGUUUGGAGCCCAGCGGGAGGCGGGAGGUCGUUGCAGGGCCACGGCGGGACCACUAGGUGGCAAGAACAAAGGCGAAGUGGGGACGCGUCCGGGUGUGGGCGUCGGGGAGGGGCCUGGGGCUGCGUUUCGGGGCGGAGCCUGGACUGUCCGGUUCACUCCCAUCAGGUCCCCAGCCGCGCGCUCUGGCUGAGGGAUGGCUUGGCCGCGCGUGCGGCUGGUGGUGACUGCGGACGACUUUGGGUACUGCCCGCGGCGGGAUGAGGGCAUCGUGGAGGCCUUCCUGGCCGGAGCUGUGACCAGCGUGUCCCUGCUGGUCAACGGCGCGACGGCGGAGAGCGCGGCGGAACUGGCCCGCAGCGGGGUGCGCUUCACGCGUCUGCCGCUGGAGCGAGGAUUGGGCGACUGUACUUGGCUGGAGGCCCCUGCGCGCGCCUUCGCGUGUGCAGUGGAGCGCGAUGCCCGGGCUGCUGUGGGCCCCUUCUCCCGCAGUGGCCUAAGGUGGACGGAUGCCUUCGUGGGUCUGAGCACCUGUGGCCGGCACAUGUCUGCUCAUCGUGUGUCAGGAGCACUGGCUCGGGCCCUGGAAGGUACACCCACAGGUCACUCCCUGACAGCGGAGCUGAUGGCCCACCCAGGCUACCCCAGUGUGCCUCCCGCUGGAGGCUGCGGUGAGGGCCCCGACGCCUUUUCCUGCUCUUGGGAACGGCUGCAUGAGCUGCGUGUCCUCACAGAGCCCACGCUGCAGGCCCGGCUGGCCCAGGAUGGCGUGCAGCUCUGUGCCCUCCAUGACCUAGAGUCCAAGAGACCUGGUGAAGCCACUCUAGCAACCUUCCUGGAGUCCUCCCAACCAUGACCCUGACAGCCAAGGACUAAUGCCUUAGUGCUCAGGAACGUGGCAAGGGUUGAGCUUUGGCACAGCCCACAGACAAACCCUAGAGGGGGUUCUGUGACUUCCCUGGGCAGAAUGAUGCCACCUCUUUGCCCAGAUCCUCAUGCCUCAGUGUGAUAGCCAGACCUUUGGCUGCAGGUGGGUCAGCCUGUGAUAUCUCAGCAUGGAGCCUGCCAAACAUUUUCUGCUCUUCACAUUUCUACGUAAGCACCGUCUUUGUUUAGGUGUAGUGGGGAGAGAUCACUAUAUUAAUAAAGUAAUGUGUCUUGUAAAA